CUUAGACUACUCACAUCAUAUGUUAAGACGUUACACUAGAUUUUUCUGGCAUAAAAUUAGACAAAAUAUGAGUGAUUCGGCUUAUUUUUGUUGGAAAUCUGAAUGAAUUUAAUGUUUCAUCAUUCAAUCAGAAAUUUAUCAAUAUUUUUCAAAGUCAUUCCGUUAUCCAAUCCUUUCGUCGCAAUGUCAUCAAAUUAUUCCGUUGAUCUGUCAGCUAUGAGACAGCCAUACAAGGAGGAUAAAGAAGCUCUUUUGGAAAAGGAUUUACCCUCUAGAGAUCCUAUUAAGCUUUUUGAAUUUUGGUUUCAAGAGGCUAAGCAAAGUGGCAAAAUUGCUGAACCAAAUGCUGUUUGUGUUUCAACUUGCACACUAGAUGGAUAUCCGUCAUCUAGAAUGGUUUUAUUGAAAGGUUUUGGGUCCGAUGGGUUCAAAUUUUUCACUAACAUGGACAGUCGCAAAGGUCAAGAAUUGCGUGAGAACCCGAAAGCGGCAAUGCUAUUUUAUUGGGAUCCUUUUAACCGUCAAGUUCGCAUUGAAGGAAACAUUGAGCAAGUACCAGAUGAAGAAGCCAAAAACUAUUUUGAGAAAAGGCCUAAAAGAAGUCAAAUUGCAGCGGCGAUAAGUGAACAGAGUAAACCAAUUUUAAAUCGAGAUGCUCUCAUUACCAAAUAUACCGAAUUGGAAAUGAAACAUGCAGAGGAUUCUUUCAUUGUCAAGCCUGAAAAUUGGGGAGGCUUUAAAUUGAUUCCUAAGUCAUUUGAAUUCUGGCAAGGUCAGAGUAGUCGACUUCACGAUAGAAUCGUCUUUACAAAAUCUAUUCCAGACAUCAAAGAUGUUCCUUACACUGAAGCCGAAAACGGAUGGCUGAUGUACCGACUACAGCCUUAAUCAAAUUUUUCUAGUGUCUAAGAAUUUAGUAUUUAAAUUUUACAACGCUUUGAUUAACAUUUCAUUGCAUCGAUAAACUGGAUUUAUUGCUCUAAGAUAUUCGAGGAUAUUAAACGAAAAUAUCAGAGAAAUCAGAUGUAAAGUAAUCUGUUAAAAGAUUAAUUAUUUAGCUAAAUUUAUUAAAAGAUUCAAUAGUCUUGAA